GGAAGCGGAAGAGUGUCAAAAUUCCUGGUUUGUUUUGUCUGGUGUUUGUGCAUCAUAGACAGAGUGAAGAAUUUGUAUUUGCCUUCUUGUAUCGUAUCGUAACAGUAACUUAUUUAGGUAUGGCUGUACCGCCGCAGUUAAAAGCCAUUCAGCACCAUCUAAGAACGGCCCAGGAACACGAGAAAAGGGACCCAGCGGUGGCUUAUUACUGUCGACUCUAUGCCAUGCAGACCGGCAUGAAACUGGACAGUAAAACUCCCGAAUGCCGGAAGUUUCUUGUGAAACUGAUGGAUCAGCUGGAGACGAUGAAGAAAGAACUACAUGACCAUGAGUCGAUUUCCCAGGAGAUUGUCGGCAAUGCCCACAUUGAAAACUAUGCCUUAAAAAUGUUCCUGUAUGCUGACAACGAGGAUCGAGCGGGGCGAUUUCACAAGAACAUGAUUAAGUCAUUCUACACUGCUAGCCUUUUGUUAGACGUUCUCUCCGUGUUUGGUGAGCUGUCGGAGGAGAACAUCCAACACAGGAAGUAUGCGAGAUGGAAGGCCACCUACAUCCACAACUGUCUGAAGAAUGGAGAAACCCCCCAGUCAGGGCCUAUUGGAUUGGAAGGGGAAGGAUAUGAUGAUGAAUUUGGCGCAGAAGGUGGGGCAUCGUCUCUGGACCAGCAGCCUGUGCCUUCCUCUGAGCCCUCUGUUCCUGGGGGGCACACCAACUUCAACAACAUACAGAUCCCGCCCGGCGCCCACGCCCCUGCCAACACCCCUGCUGAAGUCCCUCCCCCCGCAGGAGACCCCAUCAAGCCAGUGCCUGCUCCAAGGACUACACCUGUGGUUGACCCCUCACUGCUCAAUGCCAGCCAGCAGGGUGGCAUUCAGCUGACGGCAGAAGACUUUACCCGGGCCCAGAAGUACUGCAAAUACGCAGGCAGUGCGCUGCAGUACGAAGAUGUCAGCACGGCUAUCCAGAAUCUGCAAAAGGCCCUCAAGUUACUCACCACUGGCAAAGAAUGAGACCAUUGUCCCAGCCGUUACUGUAUCGUUCAUCUGGCUGACAGAACUAAGAGCCCAUUACUCCCGUCUCAGCUGUAUCAGA